AUGGAUGACGGUCAAGAUCCAAUCAAGGAUUUGGAGAAGGGGUUCGAUGUGGUCGUGAUGGGCACCGGUCUCACUGAAACCAUUCUGUCUGGGGUUAUGAGUGUGCAAGGGAAACGCGUCCUCCAUAUCGAUUCGAAUUCCUACUAUGGCGGCGAAGGGGCAAGCCUGAAGAUGAGCCAGAUUUACGAGAAAUUUCGAGGAGACGGUUCGAAGCCCCCUGCUGGGCUGGACAAAGACAGAGACUGGAACAUCGAUUUGAUUCCGAAAUUCCUCAUGGCAGGCGGCGAGCUUGCCCGUAUUCUCAGACAGCUGAAGCAGGUCCAAGACAAUGUUCAAUUCCAGCAAAUCGCCGGAAGUUACGUAUUUCGAGGUUCGGGUGGCGGUUUCUUCGGGCUCGGAGGAUCUGGGGUCCAUAAAGUCCCCUCGACGGCCUUGGAGGCGGCGAAAUCGAAUCUUAUAGGGAUAAUGGAGAAAGGACGUCUUAAAUCCUUUCUCGAGUCUGUUGCGGCGUAUGAUGACGCAAAAGGCCCCCAACAUCAAGGUAUGAACCUUGAGAAGGAUUCUAUGAAAUCCGUCUACGACAAGUUCAGUCUGGAGGAACCUACUCGAGAUUUUGUUGGUCAUGCGAUGGCCCUCUACUCUGAUGACAGCUACCUAGAGCUCCCUGCACGCCAAACAUUCAACAAGAUCAAACUCUACGCUGGAUCUGUUGCUAUGUAUGGGAAAUCCCCAUAUAUAUACCCGCUUUAUGGGCUGGGGGAACUCCCGAGCGCCUUCACUCGUCUUUCAGCGGUUCACGGAGGGACAUACAUGCUUAACACCGAAGUUCUAGACUUUGAGCAUGCUGAUGACGGUAAAGUCUCUGGAGUCAAAAUCAAAUUCGAGAACCCAAGAAAAGACGGUGAGUAUGUCGACCUUGUCGUUAAAACGGGACGAGUCUUAGCAUCCCCAAACUAUGUCGCAGAAGGAAAGAAGAAGAAAAGGACGGGGCAACAGGUUGUUCGUGCGAUCUGCGUAUUGAACCAUCCAGUCAAGGGAACCGAUAACAGUGACAGCGGUCAAAUAAUCAUUCCUCAGAGCGAAGCCAAUCGAAAGAAUGAUAUCUAUAUUGCCGUUAUCUCAUCUGCUCAUAACGUUUGCCCGAAGGGGUAUUGGAUUGCCAUUGUCUCUACAAUCGUAGAAACGCAGAACCCUCAACACGAACUCAAGGCUGGAUUUGAGCUUUUGGAGCCUAUCGAAGAAACGUUUUUGGCGAAGCCUUUCGAUUUGUGGGAGCAGUUGGAUGAUGCAAGUGAUAACGUCUUCGUUUCCAAGAGCUUAGAUGCAAGCAGCCAUCUUGAGACUUGUACUGAUGAUGUGAAACAUCUAUACAAAAUAAUGGAGGGUAAGGACUUGGAUAUCGAUGGUCUCAACCCUGACCGGGCAGAGUAG